GGCACGGCGGUGACAAUUCCUUGUUUUCUUCUCACGUUGCGCAACAACAAGAUAUAGAACACAAGAGUUUACCUGAACAGUUAAAGAUGUAUUUCUUUCUUUUUCCAUCAGUUUAUGAGUUUAGGAAAGAUGAGUUGGUUCAAAUGUGGAUGGCGGAAGGCUUUAUUGAAGAGAGCCAAGCAGAGAGAAUGGAGGACACUGGUAAUGCUUAUUUCAAUUCUUUACACAAGAUGGGCUUUCUUGUGCCCUCUAGAUGUGAUACCAGGGUGGAUUUUGAUUCGGUAUUUUCGGUACCCACCUAUAAUCCGGGCAACUUAUUCUACAAAGUAAAUCCUGUCAAGCUCUCACUCUCAGAGUUGGUAAAAACAACUGCGCUGGUGGAUUAUUUUGCAGCCGUGGAUGGUAAUUUAGAUGGAGCCUUGGAAACGACACAGCAUUUGUCUUUGAAUUGUAAGGAAAUUAGUGAUAUGACUUUUGGGAUUCUCAAAAAUUUUAAGCGUCUGCGCACCCUCCUACUCCUGUCUGGCCAUGGGUCUUCCAUCAAACAUGUUCCUCGUGACCUGUUUUUGAGCUUAAAGGAUUUGAGAACACUAAAUUUGAGUCGAACACUUGUUUCAGAAGUGCCAAGUUCCAUUCGAAAUGUAAAAUCAUUACGAUAUUUGGAUCUCUCCAAUACUCCCAUCACACAGUUGCCAGAGUCAAUAGAUUCUCUUCACCAUGUGCAGACAAUAAAACUUAGAGGUUGUGCACACUUCCUUCAGUUGCCAAAGGGCACGAAGAAGCUUGUCAAUCUACGACAUAUUGAUUUGGAUAUCAUUAGGCAAUUGCGGGCCAUGCCUCCAUACAUUGGAAACUUAACCAACCUUCAGACUCUGUCAGCAUUUCUGGUUGGUCGAGAGGAGGGGUGCCGUAUUGGAGAGCUUAAGAAUUUGAAUAAUCUUAGAGGAGUACUUCGCAUUUCAAGGCUUGAAAAUGUAUCAGAUAAGGAAGAGGCUGAGGAAGCUGCUUUGAUCGACAAGAGAUACCUCCAAAGGCUAGAGCUCCGGUGGAGUAAUGUGUUCACUGAGAAAAUAGAGGGACAAGAGAAAAUCCUUGAAUGUCUUCAACCCCAUGCUGGCCUUAAAGAGUUACAGAUACAACACUAUGCUGGGUCAACACUUCCAACUUGGAUAAGCAAUCCAUCUUUUGCUGAACUUCUUGUUCUCACUCUCUACAGAUGUACUAAUUGUCAACUUCUCCCGUCCAUUGGGCAGUUACGAAUGCUCAAAUCACUUUCUAUUAUAGAGAUGAAUGGGGUGAAAGAAAUCAAUCAUCAAUUUUUCAGAGAUGGCUUAGUUGAUCAAGUAUUCCCUGCAUUUCCGAAACUUGAGAUAUUAGAAGUUGACAUCAUGUUCAAUUUGAAAGAGUGGAGAGAAGUAAAAUUAGGUGACUUACCAUCCCUACUUAAACUCACAAUGGACUCUUGCCCUGAACUUGACUGUCUUCCAUCACUUUCUUGGCUAAAAUCCCUCAAGCAUUUGGAAUUCAGGCGUUGUCCAAAGCUUCUGUCCUUGCCUUCUGAUGGACUACCAACUUCACUUGAGUCUUUCAUAGUAAUAGAUUGCCCUGAACUGAAAGAAUGGUGCCGCAAGGCGGAAGGUGAAGAUUGGAGCAAGAUAUCCAGUGUUCCCAGCAUAUGGUUUGAUUGUGAAGAAGUAAGAUCCAAGUCUCAUUGUACACCUGGAACAUCAGUAGAGAUUUAUGAGAAUAUGGAAUUGGAUGGAUGAAUAAUAACUCUCUGUUCAUCCCCUAUAUGGUCACUCCCACUCAUACCAAGCAUCUUCAAUGUUCAUGAAUAUUCUUGAAGAUCUAUCCCCGAAUGCUGAUCUUGACCAAUUCCCUUCUAUGAUGGCGAUGUUCAUGCAAUUGAGGUGCUGCGAGCGUUUUACUUUCCUGCUGGAACUACAGAUGUCCAAUAACUACUUUGGACUUCACUAAGCUAUCAAGCUCUCUGGUCGCUGGAAUAAUCGGCAAGUUUGUUCCUCUUCACUUUGGUGCCACCUCAGACACAUAUUAUGUGUUUUCCAAUCAGAUUGACCUCUCCAAGCAAUUAUGGAGUUAGUUGAUGCAUGUUGGGUUCUCUACCUCUACCAGGCACGGCUUCAAAUCACUUCGUUGACAGGUGGGAGAUCCAAGAUUUUCAGCCUCUAUCUUCUGUGGAUUCACGGUGGACUGUUUCUUGGGCUCUUCAUCAGAUGAUUCUAGUAUCUGCACUACUUUUGUUAGUACUUCUCAUGAAAUGAAAACAAGGAUACUGGUGAUGGCUUUUCAAUUGAGAGGUUUAGCUGCUUAAGUCUACUCCAUAGUUGUAGUUCUUUUCAUGAUUGUUAUGUGUUUGCAAAGAAGAGAAAGUAGACAAGGCCUAAGUUCCGACAACUUUGUCAUGUGCAGAGAUAAAUCAGCUGCAAAGGGACUCAAGAGAAACUGAGUUGUUGGAGAAGGGGCAGCUAAGGUUUAUAAAGGGUCUCUAGCAUGACUGGUUGUAUAAUGGGAUUGACUGUUUGUGUAAUCCUUUUCACUUGAUACAAUGGCUGGUUGUUUGCGGCACAAGAUUCUGGUUAGCAUCAUGGAUAUGGUGCUGUUAGGGUAUAGUCUUAGAGUGAGUUACUCCUGGUGCAUGAGUUCAUGCCUAAUGGAAGCACCAGAGUUCCACAGAAGCUUCGAUUCGGUUUUUGUGCUAUCUUGGAAACAAGGACUUAACAUGGCUCUUGGAAUUGCAUUCGCUCUUGCAUAUGAUCACUUGAGAGGCCGAUAGUUCUCAGAGAUGUUAAAACUUAUUUUAAACUUAUUUUUUAUUUUUUAAUGUUAGCUUAAUAUUUUAAACCUU